AUGAUGGCAACAGGGCCCCAUGGUAAACUAGAUGAAUACUUGCCGGUGGUUGACCUUCUGCUGAACGUGAGGAAGGUGCUGGCGGAGGUGGGGGGUGAAAGGAUCGAGGCGAUAAUUGCAGCAGGGCCACACGGCAAGCUAGAUGAGUACCUGCCAGUGGUUGACCUGCUGCUGAACGUCAGAAAGGAGCUGGCGGAGAUUGAGGCGAUGAUUGCAGCAGGGCCCCAUGGGAAACUAGACGAGUACCUCCCAGUGGUUGAUCUGCUGCUGAACGUGCGGAAGGUGCUGGCGGAGGUGGGGGAGAAGGAGUCGGGGCGCCGGGCGGACAUGCUGCUGCGGACUGCCAUGGAGGACUUGGACUACGAACUAAGAGACAUUCUUAAGCGGCGCAGCAAGCAGGCUUCUGCCCGCUUCAGUGUAGACGAGCUCAAGAGGCUGUUCCAGGCGGAGUUCCUGCAUGUGCUUCCUUAUCCCUCACCCUCCCCCACCCACAUGCAGGCUGUUCCAGUUUCUGCAUGUGCUUCCUUUUCCCUCACCCUCCCCCACCCACCCCCUGUGCCCGCAUCCGCGCGUUUUUCAGUGGACGAGCUCAAGAGGUUAUUCCAGGCGGAGUUUGUGCACGUCUUUGCCCCUCCUCACCUCACCCCCCCCCUCUCUCCCCCUUUCUUCCCUGCCCUUCCCCCCAGCAAGCAAGCGUCCGCCCGCUUCAGUGUAGACGAGCUGAAGAGGCUGUUCCAGGCGGAGUUCCUGCACGUGGGGAGUGGGGAUUCCGCAGGGGAGGAAGGGGAGGAGAAGGGGGAGGGGCGGGAGGGGCGGGGGGGCAGAGAGGGGAGAGGAGGGGCGGAUGGGGAGGAUGAGGGACUUUUGAGUCCAGGGGAAAGGGGGGAGGCGAGGGGCGAGGGAAGGGGGGGGAGGAGGGAGGGGAGAAAAGAAGGGGACUUGGAAGGGGACGAGAAGGCUGGUGGGGAAGGUGAGGAGGAGGAGGGGAGGAGGAAGGAGAGGAGGAAGGUUCCUGAGCUGUUUCCUGUGAGCACGGGGCGGUGGUUGAAUGAGGCGGCUGGGAGGAUGGUGCAAGGAGGGGCGGGAGGAAAGUGCGUGGAAGCUUACAGGUCUGUGCGCGUGGAGGCAGUUAAAGCCCUGAUGGAUGAACUGAGGCUGGAGGAUGUGCUGAGUCCCGGGGUGAUUCAUGAAGCGUCGUGGAGAGUGCUUGAGCAGGCUUCCAAGGAGUGGGUGCAGGCGGCUUAUAUCAUUGGGGCGUUGAUAAUCCCCAUGGAGCAUCAGACGGCCAACGAGGCUUGGAGGGGCAUGGAUGGAUGGACACACAGAGGCAGGAGGUGCAAACAUUAUGGAGCGUUGAUAAUCCCCAUGGAGCACCAGACGGCCAACGAGGCUUGGAAGGGCAUGGACACUCAGAGGCGUGCCGCCCUAAGGAGCGUGCUGGAGGACGGCGGCGUCGGGCGGCGGGUUUUGUUUCUAGCGGACGUGCUGAGGGCGAUCGUAUCACGGCGGAUGGCAGAGCAGCUGUUUUCAUUGCUGGAUGCAUAUCAAGUGGUGCAAGAGAUCAUGCCGGAGCGGAUGGCAGAACAGCUGUUCUCGCUGCUAGACGCUUAUCAAGUGGUGCAAGAGAUCGUGCCGGAGCUCGCUGCCACAUUUCAGGACCUCAAGGGCAGCAAUGUGUGGGGGGCGUGCGAGGGCCUGCCGCUGCUGCUGGGGCGAGCAGUGGCAGCAUGGGCGUCGCAAUUCCAGCGCCUCAUGCUUUUCCCCAACAUCCCUUCCAUUCCCUACUCUCUGCCAAUGUUUAUCGUCCCACACCCCAGCUCUCAGCCACCUUUCAGGAUCUCAAGGUCAGCAACGUGUGGGGGGCGUUUCGCUGCCACAUUUCAGGACCUCAAGGUCAGCAAUGUGUGGGGGGCGUGUGAGGGCCUGCCGCUGCUGCUGGGGCGAGCAGUGGCAGCAUGCUUCCAGCGCCUCAAGCUCUUACUGGAGGACUCUGCUGCUUCUAAUCUCGCUGAUGCUAUGCGGAAACCCGUUCCCGCCAAGAAAGCAGCCCUGAGCUUUCUCACGCGCAGUGCCACCAGCAACAGCAGCACGGCGGUGGCACCAGACGAGUCGGUUUAUGAGAUUGUGCCGCGAGGGGGCGCUGUGGAUUCGAUCACGAGCUAUGUUGCGAAUUACAUCCGCAGCUACAUGCAACGGCAAGGAAGGAGAAGCUACGUGGAUUCCCUCACAUCUCUCUUCUCUCUUCUUGAGGCUCAUCCAGACGAAGACCCCAGCUCCCUCACAGCAGAUUUUGCCCUCCUCUCUCUCCCCGCCUCCUCCUCCCUCUCCCCUCUCGCCUCCUCCAAUCCGAUCGCUGCUGCUGCCGCCGCCGCCACCAUGAACGCCACGUCAGCAUCUGCCAUGUCAGCAAACGGGAGGGCGCCAGACCGAGUGGUGAUGGAGAAGAGGGUGGCUUCAGCAUUCUUCCCUCUCCUGUGUGGUAUCACACCCGUUCCCUCUUCUCCCACCGGGGAGGGCGCCAAGGAUCUCAUGGUAGUGCUAGCAGACCUGGAUGACGACUGGGUAGUGGUAGAGGAGGGCGCCAAGGAUCUCAUGGUGGCACUGGCAGACCUGCAUGAUGACCGUGUGGUGGAGAGUGGUGCAGAGCAGUGCAGACCUGUUCAGUCUCCCUUCCUCUCCCCUCACCCACCAGGGAGGGCGCCAAGGAUCUCAUGCAGACUUCUUCCCUCUCACUCCCGUGAAGCCCCCAUCGAGGAGGGCGCCAAGGAUCUCAUGGUGGCGCUAGCAGACCUGCAUGACGACCGAGUGGUGGUAGAGUGCGGUACAGACUGGUGCAGCCUUCAUACCUCUUGUUUCCUUGCGUUUCCCUCCUUUCAACCACCAGGGAGGGUGCCAAUGACCUCAUGGUGGCUGGCGCUGGCAGACCUGCAUGACGACCGUGUGGUGAUGGAGGAUAUUGCAGAGCAGUGUGGAUUCGUUCACCUCCCUCCCUCUCCCCCUCUCUCCUUCACCCACCAGGGAGGGCGCCAAUGA